CUAGCCGACCCAUGUUAUAGUUAUCAAAACCUGAGUGAUGCCAAUAGAAAGAGCAGUUACGUUACACCGUUAAAUGGACCAUCGUUGUGUGACCACUUACUCCCCAAAGGAUGGUAUCGUUUUGUGGGAGCUGCAGGAACAAAAAUGCCCACAACACGUGUGCCAGCAUACAGAUGUGGUACAGACCGGCCAGGUUGGUUGGAUGGUGCUCAUCCUACAGUGGAAGAUGGUGAAGUUUUCAGGAAGGUCUGCUUUAGUGAUCGCUCUACUGGUUGCCGAUACACAAAAAAUAUUUUUGUAAAAAACUGUGGAUCCUACUUUAUCUAUAAACUUAUAGAGCCAUUUAGUUGUCCCUCACGCUACUGUAGUGCAGACUGA